AAAUGUGUAAAUAGGGGGCUGUGUGUAGAAUUAAUGGUCAAAAUAGCAUUUAAAUUGACAAUGACUUUUCGUAGUUCAUUCAUUAAAAUUUCAACCAAUGGCUACAAAAAUCACUGCUGUGUUUGUAUAAGUAAAUUGAACAAUACUGUUUCAUAACCUCUGAUUUAACACCCAUCAGAAUUAGAUGAAAAUUUAAGACACUUCAAGCCUAGUUAACAAUACAUCAAGAUCAGAUGAAAGUUUAAACAAUGUCACGGAGAGGUGGAAAACGUAAACCAGUGCUGCAGCUGGGCAACUCCAGCAGUAAACUACAUCGUUAUGGCUACAGUAAAGAAUUUCAUUCCAAAGAUUCAAAAAGUAGAGGCUCAGCUUUGACACUUGUAGGAAAUUAUUCAGAUAGUGACUCAAAUGAGCUCAGUGAUACAGAGGAACAAGCUGACGCCUUGGAUGGCAAGCGGGAGUCAAAUGUAGAUGAAAGUAUAACUCAAGAAAGCACAGACCAAAAAAAGAAAGAAAACUCGUCUCAAGCUGCUGAUAUGGAUAAUGAAUUAAAAAAUUUUCUUUCGGAAAUAGAAGCCAUUCCAGUGAAUGUUUCCAGCAGGGCAGUCUCCCCCCAACCCCCACAAGCUAGUGAUAGAUGUGGAGCCAGUGAGAAAAGUGUCAACCAUUAUUCCAUGUUUGUUAAAGGGGAGGUGGCUUUUGUCAAGAAUUCCAGUCAUGAAGUCGCAGCAAAUGAUCCCGUGACAUUUGAACUUCCUGAAGAGCCGACCACGAGCUGGCAGAUGGUGCAGGAUGAGAGCAGCCAGUACUUGUACUACUGGAACACAGAGACCAACCAGGUGACGUGGGAGAUACCCACAGAGUACACACAGUUUCUGCUGCUGCACCAGGAGUAUGAAGAGAAGCUGGCCAAGUUGACACCUCAACAGUUGCAGGCUGGGAAAGACAGACAGUUGCAGGGUACAAGCUGCAACCAACUUCAAGCAGUGACCUCUGACCCCACAGCAUCCAAUGAAAGGCUACCUGAGAGGAAAGUGCCUGUGCCACCAUCCCACACUGCCCCUGUGAACUCUGACAAGCAGAAGAAAGAUAGGAAAAGUUUGCACAAGAAAAAACACAAGAGAAAACACAGCAGCUCAGAUGAGGAGGAUCAGCCAUGCCCACAGCAGUCUAGGCUGACCAGCAUUGUUCCUUACCUGUCUGAGGACGAGGACUUGUCUGGGUCUGACAAGGUCAGUGGAGCACUGGACAGUUUACCUGAGGCUGGACCCUGCCCUGAUGAGAUGACAGCCCCUGCAGUGUUACCUCCCCCAGCAGCUGUGCCUCCACCCCCUCCAGAAAGUUCACGUCUUGCUCUGCUAAAGCCAACACUGGCAGCAGACCACACAACCAGGCCUGAGACUUCAACCACUCAACCAGUUGUCAGCAGUACUCACACAGUUUUAUUGAGCAAUCAACCUCUUCUGCCAACCACUCAACCAGUUUUACCUUCUACUGAACCAGUUUUAACCAGUGCAGCGCCUGUGUCCCCAGCGGUUGUUUCCCCAGUGCAAGUGUCACCCACACCUUUGUCACCAGCGCCAUUGUCACCAGCACCUUUGUCACCAGCGUCUGUGUCACCUGUACAUGUGUCACCAGCACCUGUGUCACCAGCACCUGUGUCACCAAGCUCAGAAGGUGCUGUGAUCAGCGUGAGAGUGGAUGAAAUUAAUGACAUUCUGAACACCAUCCUUGACCCCAGCGCUCCCACCUCUAUUGCUGAUGUCCCAAAAGUAGUUCUAGAGAAGGCAGUGGAGCCUCUCCCCUCUGACAGGAAGAAGGUGGUGGAACCUCCCCCCUCUGACAGGAAGAAGGUGGUGGAGCCUCCCCCCUAUGACAGGAAGAAAGUGGUGGAACCUCCCCCCUCUGACAGGAAGAAGGCGGUGGAGCCUCCCCCCUCUGACAGGAAGAAGGCGGUGGAGCCUCCCCCCUCUGACAGGAAGAAGGCGGUGGAGCCUCCCCCCUCUGACAGGAAGAAGACGGUGGAGCCUCCCCCCUCUGACAGGAAGAAGACGGUGGAGCCUCCCCCCUCUGACAGGAAGAAGGCGGUGGAGCCGACUAUGAUUGACAUGUUUGCUGAUGCGUCCAUUGUGUCAACACCUUUGAGGAAAGAAAGAACAUUUGAGAAGGGAACUCUCAGGCAAGCUCAGUUCAAGGAAGACAAAACAGCAAGCAAGAUGGCUGCUGUGGUUGAGCAGGAAAAGUCUGACUCUCCAAAGAGGAAACCAGCUCAAGUCAUCAAUAUUGUUGGCUAUGGAAGUGAUGAGGAGGAUGAACCCUUAGAGGCCAAGGAUCACAAGGAAGGGAAACAUUCCCACAAAAAAAAGAAAAAGGAUAGAAAGAGAGACUCAAAGAGAAGACAAGAAGACAAGCUGGAUUUGUUUGAUAAGACGCUGGAUAAAGACAUGGUAUCCAGGGUGUCAGAUACGCUGGAUCAGGCUAUCUCCGACAUUGUUUCCAAAACAGUGAAUGAAACGUUCGCACAAGGUGUGCUGUCCAAACAGGCAAACACAGAGACUGGUGUCUGUGAUCAGAAGGUCAAGGCUGAAGAUGAUGUUGCUGACAUUGACUUUGAUGACCUUGAUGAUAUUGACAGAGCAUUAGAAGUUGCUUUGGAAAAAAAACUGGAGCAGAAAAAGGUGGAGCUGAGUUUGAUUGAUGACGGAGAGAAGUUGGAGGAGAAAGUGUUGACAUCAGCUGGUGGUAUGGAGCAAGUCAAGCUGGAAGCUCUAGAAGAAAGUUCCCCUGUAGAAUGUUCUAGCAAUGUGUGUGAUGAAAUAAUGGAAAAACCACCUGAAGCACAAGAUGAAGAUAAGAUUAAGGAGGAAAUCAAGGAAAUCGCUGAACUGGCAUUGGGCAAAUUGGAGUUCCUUGAUAUUUCCACAGUUAACUUGUCCCGCUUACAAGUCCUCUUCAUAGAGCUACAGACGAGACACACAGACUGGACAUCAGGUGGGCUGUCCAGCCAGUACUACCACCAGCAGCUCAAGGUGGCAGAGGGCCUGAUAGAGCAGUACGAGCUGAGUGCCGUGCCCGAGGGUUGGGCCUGCCAGUGGGACAGGGCUAACAAUCGCUACUAUUAUCGCAACCAAGAGACCAAUCGUAUUCAGUGGGACUAUCCAGAAGUGGACGGCGUAAAAGCUGAGCCAAAGCUCCCUGAUGAUGAUGUGCAGAUUGUUUGUGUGAAAAAGAGGGAGAGUCAUGUGGCAUCAGAUGACCAACGUAGACAGCGCAACAGCCGCAGCAGUCGUCACAGAAAAAGAGAGGAUAAAGAAAGAGGUAAAUCUGAGAAAAGAAGCUCCUCCCACAGGUACAGAAGGAAGAGGCGACGUAGGAGGGAGCACAGUAGCAGCAGCCAGAGCAGUGAGGGCAGCCAACAACAUCGCCAUCAUCACAAAAAUAAGAAGAAAAAAAAACAUAGGGCGGAGAGGUCCCCUAGUGUGGAGAUUGUAGAGGAGGCUGACACUGUACCUCAGGACAGUGCUGCUCAUGUGUCACCCAAACAUGACAGUCUGCCAGGAGUCACCAACAGUGACCUGUCCGCCCCACACACCAACAGUGACCUGCCUGUCCCACACACCAGAAGUGACCUGUCUGCCCCACAAACCAGAAGUGACCUGUCCGCCCCACAAACCAGAAGUGACCUGUCUGCCCCACACACCAGAAGUGACCUGUCUACCCCACACACCAGCAGUGACCUGCCUGCCCCACACACCAACAGUCUGGAGAAGCCACCCAGUCCAUCAGAAAGAAGAGCCAGCAACAAGACACAGGAGGACAGAGGCUAUCAGACAGGACCAAGCCUAGCCUGCCCAGCUGUUAUAUCCAAGCCUCCACAAAUACUUGUCCCUCCUCUCUUUGCCUCUACGGCUUUGCAGGAAGACAUGCACUCAGUGCCUGUACAGUAUCCACCACCACCACCAUCAUCGCACCACCCCACAAGCUCUCAACUUGUCACCCCAGACCAGCCUCCACAACAGCCACCAGUGACCACAGUUCCUGCCCCUGACUUAGAUCAUGGCCCUGAGACAGAAAAACAAAUCAAAAAGAAAAAGAAAGACAAGAAACCUCUGGCCACUGGCUCAAGCAUUAUGAUGAAAAAGAAACACAUGACAUCAAUGGUCCAAAAAUGGCAGAAAGUGAAAAAGGAAGCAGAAAAAGAGGACAGAGAUAAAGAAAUGAGACAGGCAGCCAUCAGGAAAAAAAUAGAAGAAUUGAAAUAAAGCCAGACUUCCCUCUGCUUACACAUUUUUAAGUGCCAAUGUUUAGCAUUUUAAAUGUUUGAACUCUUUUUGAAUUUGAUGGAAAAAUGUUUGUGUGAAUUGAAGUUGAUAUUACUUUGUACUUAGGGGAUGUCACCACUAUUGUCACAUGAUGUAUUGCUAUUAAUAUAUAUAUAAUGAUAGAAUAAAAGGAUUUAUAAUUCUGU